AUGGAUAAAUUGGAUAAACACAAGAAUUGUGGAAAAUGCAUUGAAUAGUUUGAAAUAAAUAAGUAAAAGCAUGAUGGAACAUAUAAAGAACUUAAAACAAAAAUUCUUGGGUCAAGACCUAUGGCAAAAUUUAUAAUGUAUGACGGCGAAGGUAAUUAUCAAAAGAAAUUGAAUCAAGAGCACUAAAAUCAUAAAGUUUAGAUUGAUAUGACUUGGAAGAAUGCAGAUUAAGAAGGGUGUAAAGAUUAAGAAAGUGAUUAAUAAUUAAUUAAAGAUUCCUAAAGUUUAGUUUUACCGAGAAUAUAUCAUCAUAAGCAAGUUACUGAUUUCAAACCUAUUCAACCCAUUCCAACUUAAGGUAUAGUGAUUUUUAAUUUAGCUCACAUCAAUAGAUAUGGAAAAUAUAGCCAGAGAUAUCUCUUAAGAUCAGAUCCAAUGAAUUUAAGUGAUAAUAAAUUAGAUGAUUACUUGCCCUCCUCAUAGAAAUACGGACGGUUUUAUUUAAGUGAAGAACCUAAAGCAAAAACCAUUGUUUCUGAGGCUCAACCUUAUGAGGGAUAUCAUCCAAUCAGUCCAUAAUAUAAUGUCUUUCCAGUUGAAAAGCCAAUUUUAAAAUAUCAUAGUAUGAAAUCAUAAUUGUUCAAAUAUAAAUGA